UGUAGCCGUUUGGCCACUAUGCGCGAUCCGCACGGCAACCGCUCCGUCCCCGACUCCCCGUGGUGCUCCCCUUCCACCUACAUACGCUCUCCCACUCCAAGUCCACCGGACGAGUCCGUCUGAUCUCCAUAAACCCAACGCAGGGAGCCAGGGGAGCAGAGAGAGAGAGAGAGAGAGAGAGAGAGAGAUCAGCGGAGGGACAUGGCGACCGAGAUCCAGGCCUACGGACGACGGCGCGGCACCUUUGUGGUGUCGUUCGACGGGGACCUCUUCGACGCAACGCUCACCAAGUCCGGCGACGUGGUGGAGUCGUGGGUGGACAAGACCUACCGCAUCCACCGCCGCAGCCGCCACCCCAUCGUCGCUGGCCUCGACGUGGAGUGGCGCCCCGCCCGCGAGCCGGGCCCCGUCGCCGUGCUGCAGGUCUGCGUCGGCCGCCGCUGCCUCGUCUUCCAGAUCCUCCGCGCCGACUACGUCCCCGACGCCCUCUCCUGCUUCCUCGCCGACCGCCGUUUCGCCUUCGUCGGGGUCGGGAUCCGCGACGACGUGGCCAUGCUGCGUGACGGGUACGGGCUGGAGGUGUCGCGCGCGGUGGACCUGCGCCGCCUCGCCGCGCGCACGCUGGGGAGGCCCGAGCUGCGCGACGCGGGGCUGCGGGCGCUGGUGCGGGGGGUGAUGGGCGUGCGGAUGGAGAAGCCGCACCAUGUGCGCGUCAGCGUCUGGGUCAAGCGCGAGCUGACGGAGGACCAGUUCAAGUACGCCUGCGCCGACGCGUUCGCGUCCAUGGAGGUCGGCUGGAGGCUCUACAACGAUGCGUGACGAGCUUGUCACUGAGCUGAGCUAGCUCCGGGACGCCUGGUGCUUUGCGGCGUGGCAUGUAGAGUUUCUGCUCUAGCUAUACCUUGACAGAUCUUUUGUUGAUCUUAGUGAUCUUUUGUUGUGUGGAUUCCAUUCGUGGCAUCUGAACGGGAACGUUGGCAUGCGAUUUGCGUUGUUCGUCCGUUCUCCCGCCGCAGGUGCAAGGCCCGUGGCGCCGGCGGCUGCUGUGCCUCGUCGCUGUUGCUGUAUGCGCCAAGAGACAACCGACUGAAUUGCAGAGAAAUUAAGCAUUCUUCCGUUGA